UCGGCGGGCGAAGGUGGCGCGCUACGAAAAAUCAAGCGGCGAAACGGCAAAAACGGACCGCCUAUCGUGCAAACUUGUUUAAAGUGCCAUAAAAAAGCCACAAAAAAGCGGAAAAGUAUAAAAAGCUGCCGAGCCAAGCAGACGCGACUGGCGCCGGUGCCCCAAAUCAUAAGAUUUCCGGCAAGUGUGCAACUUUAUCACCCAAAAGAAGCGAAAAAAAGUGACACAACCCAAAGUGCAAGUGCAGUGCCACAAAUGCCCUGAAUUAAGUCACUUUCGGGUUGUACAAAAUGCCGUAACAUUGGCCAGCAUUGGUUGGGCAAUCAAAGUCAUCCAGGAAAUAUCGCACUAAAAGCCUAUCAAGGGAUUUCUGGCAUCAUGAAUUGGCUUAUCUGCAGCUGGCCUUGGCUUCUUCUGCUGGCCCUGAUCUCACUGGGCACAGCAUCACCUGUUCCCAGUCGCCAGUACAGCUGUAUGAGCUUCCAGGAGAACGACAGCGAUCUGGACUCCAGUGGCGAAGUGCUGGAGCAGCAGGUGGAGUCCACUCCGGUGCCCAGCGAGCCACACAGACGCACCUGUUCCGAUGGCUACACCUUCUGCUUUACGCUCUGGAACCAGACGCCCAACGGGACCAGGAUUGUCAAGCAGGGCUGCUGGAAGGACAACACGGAUCGCACUUCCAUCUGCAGCCAGUCGGAGUGCACCAGUUCGGCGCCCACUUCGAAGACCAGUUCCUUGUACUACUGCUGCUGCUCCGGCGAAGUCUGCAAUGCCCAGUACGCCGUAGUGGAACCUGCACCCCUGGAACUGGGCUCCAAUGAGGGCAGAACCUCGAUCACAAAUCGGGCCACUGAAAAGCAACAGCAAUCCUUUUUGGCCAGCACAAUGCUGGGACUUGCCGGUGGACUCACGGCUCUCACGAUUGGCAUCUUCCUGGCCGUUCAGUAUUGCCGUACGGCCAAGGAGAAGCCGGAACCGGAGGAGUCUCCGCUGGCGCCGUCGGGUCCUGGGUAUAGCUCCAAUCUCCGGAAUGUGGACAACAUGAAUUUGAUCGGUAUGCUGGGCAGUGGCAAGUACGGAACUGUGAUGAAGGGACUUCUUCACGACCAGGAGGUGGCAGUCAAGAUAUAUCCGGAGGAGCACCACCAGUACUAUGUGAACGAGAGGAACAUCUAUGCCCUGCCCUUGAUGGAGUGUCCCGCGCUUUUGAGCUAUUUCGGCUACGACGAACGCUGCACGAUGGAUGGACGCAUGGAGUACCAGCUGGUCCUUUCCCUGGCUCCACUGGGGUGCCUCCAAGAUUGGUUGAUAGCCAACACCCUGAGCUUCAGCGAAUGCUGCGGAAUGCUGCGAUCCAUCACCCGGGGAAUCUCCCAUCUGCACACGGAACUCCGGCUGGGGGAUCAGCACAAGCCCUGUGUGGCCCAUCGGGACAUCAACACUAGGAACGUGUUGGUCCAGGCGGAUCUCAGCUGCUGCAUUGCGGACUUCGGCUUUGCCCUGAAGGUCUUUGGCUCCAAGUACGAGUACAAAGGCGAAGUGGCCAUGGCGGAGACGAAGAGCAUCAACGAGGUGGGCACCCUUCGCUACAUGGCACCGGAACUGCUGGAGGGUGCUGUAAAUCUGCGGGAUUGCGAGACCUCACUGAAGCAAAUGGACGUCUAUGCCCUCGGGCUGGUGCUCUGGGAGGUGGCCACUCGCUGCUCGGAUUUCUAUGCUCCGGGACAGGCGACGCCGCCGUACAAGGCGCCCUAUGAGCAAGAGGUGGGCUCCCAUCCCAGUUUCGACCAGAUGCAGGCUUUGGUGGUGCGCCACAAGGCGCGACCCUUGUUUCCCACCGGCUGGGGAGGCGGUGCAGCCGCCAAGGUGGUGCGAGAUACCUGCGAGGACUGUUGGGACCAUGAUGCGGACGCCAGGCUGACCUCCCUGUGUGCCGAGGAGCGCAUGCAAGAGAUGUCGACUCUACGGCCACGGGCUCAGGCCCAACCCUCUAGUCCUCUGCUGAACACCAACAAUUUGGUGGCCACCGCAAACACGGAACAGGGUCUAAAUGUCAUAACCACAACGACUACGUCCGCUGCAGUGCAUCACCAGAUGAGCUCGGAUACCUCUGGACUUAUCCAACCACCUCCCAAUCAGCAGUUACCCUUGGCUGCCCUGGAACGCGAGAAGAAUCACCUGAGCUACCCGCAUCAGCAACUGCAACCGUAUCAGGGCAGGAAUCCCUGCCAGGAACGCAAUCUGGCGCCCCUGCAAAUGCGUACUCCUCCGGUGCUCGUGGAGCGGAGCAAGAAGCACAGCUUCCAGACGCAGCCGCAGGAGAACUCCCUCUCCUGCCUGGAGCACGAUGUGAGUGUGGAGGAGCUGAUAGCCAGCCACCAUCACCAGCAGCAGCAGAAGAACACCAUUGUCAGCGUUGUUGGCAAUACCAAUUCCAGCCUGGGCCAGGGCUUCCCCAAGCAGCAGAACACGGACCAGAAGCUCAGGGGAUGGCAUGGGGUAAGAGCGCUGAUCCACAAGAAGCUCUUUCGCAAGGAGCACGCCGAGGAGCUGUGCCGCCAGUUGCACUUCGGCGAGGAGAAAUCCAAUCUGGUGACGGCCCUGCGUCGGCCAAACAACCUGGACUUGAGCCCGCGCCUCGAUAAGCCGCCGCCGGUUCAACUGAGAAGUGCCGAGCAGAGGACAGGAACUCCGGCGCACAUAGUACCCCGCUCGCUCUCCAGCAGCCUGAUCAAGCACAUCAAUGGCAGCACCAAUAACAACUGCAUCCAGAGUCAUGGCAGCGAACUGCAGACCCUAACCCGUCCCGCUCCGAAACGAAGACCCGGUCACCUGCGCACCAACUCCCUGAUGGUCACCACGGGUCAGGGUCCACCGACGGAGCAGCAAAUGCGCCGCCAGCACAGCCUGGAGGUGUUCCGCGAGGUGUUCAGCGGUCGGGGGAGCAGCGAGCGGCUGAGGGAUCCCAGCGAGAGGGUCAAGACCCCGGGGGAUGUGCCGCCAUCCGUGCGGAAGGCCCGGGCCAGCAAGACCCUCAGUCUGUACGACGAUCGGAUGAUGGACUCCUCGCUGCUGAACAUCCUCUAGCAUGAGGAGGUUCUGCUGCUGGAACUAUAAGCUGAUCGCGGGCAGCAGGACUCUAACAUUAUUCCCAACCCAUAUCUCAUCCAUCAUCGAACACAUAUUCAACGAUAGCCAUAGAGCAGAAGACUUGAAUCGCUUCCUGGAAAAGUCUUCUCAAGAAACAGAAACGAUAACAGGAUGGUUUGUGCUUACUGUACCGAAUUCUCUUCGAUUUCAAAUCAACACAAUAUUUUAAAUUUUAAUAUUUAUUGAAGAAGCUGUGCACGUUGAUGUAUUACACUGGAAGCAAGAACCAUGCCUAACACAGAGUGGUUCGAAGAUUUGAAAUCGAAAGAAUUGUGUGACGCUGAGAACUCAAACAAUUAUUUUUCGAACAUGGUAGCAGAGGAGUUCAAAGAUAGUAUGUGUAUAUCUGAAUGUAUUUUUUCACCAACAUCCUAGCGUGUAGUGCGGCAAACAACCAAAGUCCUUAUAGGUUAGAACAGACUAGAAUCGUACGAGUAUCAGUAUAUAGCAGUAUAUAGCCUCACACACACAUAUAUUUUUGACUUGAACUUGGACAUGAGCGAAACAGGUAGUAGUCUAUAUAGUUUGUAUAUGUACGGUUUUCACUCGAGUUGAGCUUAGGGCAGGAAGGGAGUACAGAACGAAGGGGAUUGGUCGGACCAUUUUAUAGAGCCAUAUAAAGUAACGAACUGCAUUACGAGUAUAUCUUUAACUACGCAUUGUACUGGAAUAUUUAGUCAUACACAAUUACACAUUGAAGCCCCAGGCUGGGGUUGUCAUUAUACUGAAAACAAGUAUACAAAAACAAGCAAGGAGCACAAAAUACUCGAAAGAAAAUGUCUGGCUAACGAAAUUAAUAUUCUUCUUUGGACGAAAUGACAACCCUGUACCCAUUUGUUCGAGUAUUUGGCAACUCUAUCUAGUAUACCCCUUUGGAUGAAUUUUCGAUGAAUGCCUUUUUGUCGUUCUCUUUAGUACUUAGACCAAAACACCCGCAGCCUUUCAAUCACAUUAAAUGCAAGUCUAGUUAUAUAUAAUUUACACUAAUUAUAAUUAUAAACUAAUUUAAUAUAAUUAAUAAACGAAUUAUUUAAAAGUGAUCAAAGUCUGUCAA